ACAGCGAUCAGCUGAGCAGCGUCUCUCUCAGAGGAAGAGAGAGCUGUGUUCAGUCCGUCUCUCUCUCUCUCUCCCUCACAGAGUGUGUGUGUGUGUGUGUGUGUGUGUGUGUGGACAGUUGGACGGAGUUUGCUGCGCGCUCCGCUCUUUCACUUGAUGCGUAUCGCAGCUGCUUCUCUGGAGCGAGAUGUUGGAGCUACGCGCUUCUUCGACAAGAUGAACGCAGACUGCACCAAGCCUUCUGUUGCUCCGACGACAAGAUUUGUUUGUCACGCCAACCUGAAGCUGCCCUCCCCUCUCAUGUCUGCACCCAGGGGUCCCAAACCUAGCAUCGCCCCGAAACCUAAACUCACACCAGAGAUUAAUGGCAACCUGGGAGUAUGCAGUAAUGGCAGCUUACUAUCUUCCGACGGCGAGGCUGAUGAAGAGCACGAGACGCAGAAUGGUCUAAAUGGAGGGAUUACAGCACAGGAGCAAUUUAACGCCACUGUCCUAAAAUCACCACUAAAGGAUUUGCAGAAUGUGUCACAAGGGCUGGGGCACGGAGAGGUGACAGAGGAAGAAAAGGAAAUGGAAGAAGACAUGAUUCAGAAGAUGGAUGAGGACUGGAGAUUAACGGACAGUGCGUUAACAGAGGAGCCGGACUCCCUGGAAACCCUGUGGGUCAGUGCUGAACUCACGGCUGACCCUAAGGAGGUUGUGGAAAUGAUUGACGCAGACCUAACGGAGGACAUGGACGCUGAAGGGUGUGAUGCAGGUGAGGCGCUGGCUGACACAGAUGGCCUCUCAGUGGGAGAUAUUUCAGUUAAUAGCAUUGAUGAGGAGGUGGGAGGCUCUACUGCUGUAAUUCGAGACAUGAAGGAGAGGCAGGAAAAGCUUCACAUUGAGGAGGUUGAAGCAGGCGACUGUACAGCAGAUGAUUUAACUGAGUCGCUCACAGAUGAACCUGGUUUCCCCAUCAACGAAAACAUGAAGGACACUGAUACACAACAAGGUUUCAUGACAGAUGGAGAGGAGAGGGAGGAGGAAUCGGUUUCAGACUGUGGCAUCACUUGCAACAUCCUCAAGUUGCGGUGUGGCUGUAAAAUGAAGGAAAAAGGCGAAAACCCACAGAACAUUAGUUUUUAUGACUUUGUCCCUGAAGACCAGAAACACUUCUGUGAUACAGCAAAGGAACACGUUGCCAUAGAGAAGGAUUCAAUCGAAGAGCCUUAUUAUGUUUCUUCAAAUGACAUUAUUAACAGAGAGAUGAUGGCAAGAAAUAACAAAGUUGAUAGUCCACAAACACCUCAGAAGCUUUCGUCUGUAUCAGCUGGGAACUAUAAGAAAACAGCAGAAAACGGACAAAUCGAAUGUGUAUCUUUUGAGAAUUACGUGAAAGUUAUUAACAGUGAUGGAUACGGCUGUGAAAACGGAGAGAAGAACAAGGUGAGAAGAAGUCAGAAGUGGCAGUCUUUCAAAACUGAAGAGCACCAAGCUCAUACAACUGAGGACUUCUUGAACGAUUUGGACUACCAGCCGAGGUUCAGGCUGGUGUCCAUCUCAGUGCCAACGGACACUGACACCUCGCUGACCUCUUCUCUCUCCAUAAGCCAGCUGCUUUCCCCGAGCGACUCAGACGUCUUUCGAGACGAUGAUGACUUGGACAGUCACAUAGUCCCAUUCCUGGACGACACUACUGAUACGGAGCAGGACAUCAUUGAUGAUCAUGUUUAUGAGGAGCCGGGGCGCAGUGCAAGCAAUGGAAAUAUCUUUCCAUUGGAUAGAAAUGCCAAAAGGAUACAAAUUCGCUCAAUGUCACACCAUAUUAAUAACAACGUGGCUGAGGUAGGAAUGCAGUAUGUUCCGAGCCCCUACAUGAGUGGAUUCAGACAACCUGCCCUAAGCAGCAGCCCUAUGUUAAACUCGGUGCGGCACAAUAGCUAUUCCAAACCCCACUAUUUGUCCUUGUACCCCCGCUCCCUCUCCAUGGAGGCACAAGACACGCCUCUGUGUGCUUACCGAGACAAAGACGAGCCUCACAGACAGAGAGGAGCCAUUUGUUCUUCUGGAAGCUUCUCCAGAUGCUCACCACUGUCAUGCAGCGGCCUGUCCACUCCAACAUCUGUGGUAGAUAUUCCUCCGCCAUUUGAACUGGCCUACAUCACCAAGCGGCCCAUCACAAAGAGUUCCCCCUCACUUCUCAUUGAGGGAGACUCAUCAGAGAAAAACAGGAAAAAGAAAUCUUCCAUUAAGCGCUUCCUGAUGCUCAAGUUUAGGCGGAAAACUGAGAGCAAGUCUGCGGUGGAUGUCAGUCCGUGCUCCUCCAAGUCCUCAGCAGAGUCCAGCCACCACAUGCCCAGCAGACUGCUGGAUUUAGAUAGACACAGCUUAAGUAGGUCUCCACAGCUCAACUCACACUCUGCUAGUAGACAUCAAGUUUCAAUUGAGCCGACCUCCAACUUCUUGCUCUACAACGAAAGCAUAAGAAAAGGCAGCGCUGUGGCAUUCCUCAAUCGCAGCGUCAUCCGAGUGGAGUCCUUUGAGGACCGCUCCCGUGUGCCUUUCAUACCUCUGCCCCUGACCAAGCCUCGCUCCAUCUCCUUCCCCAACACUGAUACCUCCGACUAUGAGAAUGUUCCUGCCGUCAGCUCAGACUAUGAGAACGUCCAGGUCUCACAGCGGAGGACUAUUCCACGGGGACCUUUCACAGACUUCUUUGACCGCCCAGCCUCCAAUCGAGUGCUGUCGUCUGCCAAUGACACGGACGGUUAUGUGGAUAUGAGCAGCCUCCCGGGGUUUAAGAGCAGAACUCAGUCACCUGAAGAGGAAACAGAAAGUGCCUACACAGAAGCCUACAACGUGUGCUCGGUGGCCGUCAGUCCACAGACUGGUUCAGUGUGUGAUGUCAGGGGGGAGACGGGCUGUGAAGAGGAGCAGGGCCGCACUUCUGAGGAGGAAGAUGGAGGCACAGACAUCAAUUAUAACAGACAGGCUGACGGACGAUCCAGAGCCUUUUACGUAGCGAAGGAACUGGUGGAUACAGAGAGAUUGCACGUGAAAGCCCUCAAGCUUCUUCAGGAAGACUUUCGGGAAGCGGUGGGGGGGGCUGUCGGGGACGAGGGCGAACCUGUGGUGGAGGAAGAGAGACUACGAGAGAUUCUCAACGAGCUUCCGGACGUUUACACCCUGCACCGCCGAAUCCUCACAGAGCUGGAGAAUCGAAUCCGACACUGGGAGGAGAGCCAGAGGAUCGCUGACAUCUUCCUGAGCAGAAAAGCAGAGUUCUUGGUUUUUACCACCUACAUCGGACACUAUGACCGGAGUAUGAACCUGUUGGAGGACAGCUGCCAGACUUCACCUUGCUUUGCUGCGAUUGUUCAUCAGUUUGAGCAGCAGAGUCCAGUUGGGGAAAAGGUUUCUCUCAAACAGCAGCUCCUGCAGGUCAUCGUGCGAGUGGCUCAGUAUCGGAUGCUCCUCACUGAUUACCUGAACAACCUCUCCCCUGAUUCCAAAGAGUAUGAAGACACCCAAGCGGCUGUGGCGAUUGUGUCGGACAUCGAGGAUCAAGUGAACGACAGUUUAAAACAUGGGGAGAACUUGUUGCGUCUGGUCAACAUCGAGUACAGUGUUCACGGCCAGCGGGACCUGCUGCAGCCUGGCAGGGUCUUUGUGAAGGAGGGCACUCUGAUGAAGGUCAGCAGGAAGUGUCAACAGCCCAGGCAUCUGUUUUUGAUGAACGACGUGUUGCUGUACACCUACCCUCAGCAGGAUGGAAAAUACAGACUGAAGAACACGCUGCCUCUCACCGGGUUAAAGGUCAGUAAACCCAUCAUAGAGAGUGUCCAAAAUGCACUGAAGAUUGAAGGAACAGACAUCUCCAUCACGUUGUCUGCAAGUUCGUUCAUUGAAAGAGAGGACUGGUUUUACACUCUGAGCCGCACUGUCAGCGAACACACCAGAGGAUCUGCAGCCUUCAACAGCUGCUCAGGAGAAGCCAGAGAUCGUCUGCAUCUGUCUCUCGGAGAGAAAGCUCCCACACUUGUUCCAGUCUCUCAAGUGAUGAUGUGUAUGAACUGCACAGCAGAUUUCAGCCUCACCCUUCGUAGACAUCACUGUCACGGCUGUGGGAGAAUUGUCUGUCGAAGCUGCUCCAGGAACAGAUAUCCACUGAAAUACAUGAAGGACCGCAUGGCUAAAGUGUGUGACCACUGCUACAAUGAGCUAAAGAAGAGAGGUGUAGAUGUGUCUGCACUGACAGGUAAAGGCAGCCCUCGUGCAAACCGCUCCAGUCGUCCUAUCUCUGCUGUGUUCCAAAACAUUCAUCCACCCAACAUCUGGAGGCAUCGGAAAGGCACUGUCUCCUUCAACCAGGUGACAGUGUCAGAGGAAGGCUCCGUUAGUGGCACUCUGCAGCGCAGCAAGAAGAGCAAGCGGAACUGGAAGAGACUGUGGUUCCUUCUAAAAGACAAGGUGCUUUACACCUAUCAAGCUCAAGAGGAGAAAGUAGCAUCAGAGAGUUUGCCUCUGUUGGGUUUUACAGUGAAGCUGCCUGACAGACAUGAAGAGGAGGCCAACGUCUUCCGGCUUUACCACAAAAACACUUUGUACUACACCUUUAAAGCUGAGGACAACUACACAGCACGGAGGUGGGUCAAUGCCAUGGAGGAGGCCACAGUGUUAUAGGAUCAGCUACUCUGGCAGGACAAAAAACAUCUUUCUUCUACUACUGACUCCUGUCACCGACGGUGGAACCAAAACUGCCGGACAGGGAAUUAAAAAACUGUAUUUGAUUAUGUCUGGAAGCUGUAACUUUCUUGGCUUGACUGAUGAAAGGCAGACAUUUUGUUCUUUGUGCGGGUACACGUUCACCUACUUUGUCAGCUGCUGUUACAGCAGGUGUGAUGCUGAGAGCCACGAGAGCCGAUGGCCCAGAUACCUGCCAGUGUGGAACAUUACAUCCAUGGGACCUGUACGUCAUCACCAACAUUCCCCCAAAUCAAUGGAUUGGGGAUUUUUGGAAAAUAAAUUAUAUAUAUUCUAUGAUCUCUACUACUGUUCAGGAUAUCCAAUAUUUCAAGACAUUGUACAAACAAAUGUUUUCAGUAAGAUUCACAGUCAAUUUACUGUUGUUUUCAGGGAUGUGUAAAAAAACAACAAAUAUUUUAAACCUCACUCAGCAAUGCCUGAAUCUGGAUCACCCUGAUUUUCAGUUUCAAAAAUGUAUUAGUUAUGCCUUCAUUUCAUUUUUUUCCAUUCUUGUAUGCAUUUAUAUGACUAAUUCUUUGGAGCACACGCUGAAUCAAAGAACUACUAUGUUUUUAUAUGUAUAGAAGUGUGUGUAGCUCUGUAUUGUUGGUGACGGUGCUGCCAGUGAAUAGUUUCUAUGCUUUGUUUGCACUUACAUGAUGAGGAAUUUACCUGGAAAAGUGAUAGAGGCCAAAAACUAGAGCCACUCUACUUAAAUCAAUUAAGUUACUUAACAUGCUCUUCUGUUGGGUAGUACAGUAUUACACAGGUUACAUAUAUCUUUAUAGAUUUAACAAUAAAAAGUAUAUCAUGAAUUCAUAUUUGUAUAAAGAUGCUUUGUCCUGUUGUGCAAAGAUUUGUUGCCCUGAACACUGAUUUCACUGACGUGCAGAAUCUGUGUCCUGGACUUUGUACUGUAUAUUUCUAACACUAUUAUUUCAAAAUCAAGUAAAGGAAGCUGUACUGAU